AUGAAUUACAUAAGGGAAAAGGUUUCUGGGAAAAAGAAGCGUUUGAUAUAAGAGGGAUAUAAUCUUGAUCUGAGCUAUGUUACAAAAAGAAUAAUUGCUAUGAGCUAUCCAGGAGAAGGAUUAGAAGGUUUAUAUCGAAAUCCAAUAGAUUAGGUUGCUGCCUAUUUAAAUACACAACAUUAUUCAGAUUAUAUGGUUUUCAAUUUAAGUGGUAGGAAAUACGACUUCAUGAAAUUUAAAGGAAUUGUACAAGAUUGUUGGAUUUGGAAAGAUCAUCAUUCUCCUCCUUUGGAUCUUCUAUUUGAAAUCUGUGAUCUCAUCCAUGGUUAUCUGAAAGGUAACAUAAGUAACGUAGUGGUCAUACAUUGUCUUGCAGGCAAAGGCAGAACAGGCACUAUUAUAUGUUGUUAUCUACUCUACACAGGGAAAUUCAAGUGUGUGAAGGAUGUGCUUUAUUAUUAUGGGAAGAAGAGAUUUGAGAAAGAGGGUUUAGGAGUUAAUCAACCUUGUUAAGUUAAAUAUGUAGAAUACUUCCAUAAACUUUUGACUACAGAUUAAGUGAUAUACCCUACUGUGGUUACAAUUAAAAGCAUCACAUUUUAGGGAAAGUAAGAUUCAUUUGACGAUUAUAAUUACAGAGCUCCUGCCUUUAGAAUGAGUGGUGGUUGUAAACCAUACAUGGAAGUGAUCCAAGUUAAAAAUGAUAAACAAUUAUAUUCCACUUCAAGAGAGGCCAAAAAAUAUACAGGAAAUUAGCAUGACCUACAACUGGAUAAACCAAUGCCUAUUUACGGGGAUAUUUUGAUUAAAGUUUUUAAUGAAGGAAUGUUAUAGAUAGAAAAAAUGUUUAGACUUGCCUUCAAUACAGCAUUUAUAGAGGAUUCAUAAUAAAAUCAAUUGUAAUUCUCAUUACAGGAUUUGGAUCCAAGUCAACUAACUGAGGACGAAAGAUUUGAUAAAAACUUUUAAGUGAUUAUCAAAAUAGAGCGCUGUACUAAGUGCAACAAUAGAACUAAUUUUGAUAUGUUAUGUGAAAUAUGUAAGGCCUAUCUGAAAUAAGAGGAGAAGUAAUGGAUUAAGAUAAAUGGAUAAAUAAGACAAUAUAAAGUACCUGAUGAUAAUUUGGCUACAGAGCUAUUGUUUGUUAAAAAAGAAUUUGAUGACAUUGAGGAUGCUAUGUAUCUAAAAAGAACUGAAAAGGAUGGUGAUCCAAAAGACCUUUUGUAGUUUGAAGAGAGAAUAAGAGCAAAAACAAUCAAAUUUCCAUAACAAUAACUAUUAUCAUAAUAAUAAAUUCAGUAAUAAGUAAAUGAUAAACAAAAUUAAUGA